AUUUCUAAUCAACAUAAUGAGACAAUGGAUGGAAAUAGUGAAGAUCCGUCCAUGACUUUGAAACACGUUCAAAGAAUAUUCAUUACCAAUGAUAUGCCUCUCAUUUUAUUCAAAAGGAAGAAUCAACCGUCACUAAGAACGCAAAAAAAGGCAAUAAAACGAAAAAUUGUUUCCAAACUUCCAAUCAAAGAAUCACAGAUUAUCAUGGGAAAUAUUAGUCCUUUCACUCCUUCAUCAGCUCCAUGGGCAAAAGAUGAUGAUCACGAUACUCACAAACUCCUUCACUUACACGAAUUCAAGAAAUGA